AUGUCCCGUAAAGUGGCAGAUAAAGAUAUAGAACAACUUCUGACAGCUUUGGAAGAUGGAAAUAUUUCUGAGGAUGGCUUGGAAGAUGAAAGUGAAGAUGAAGAAACCUUUUUCGCUAAUGCAAGAGAAAUAGUUCAAGAGUUGGAAGACGAGGAUGCAGAAGACCAUGAAGAUCCUACCUAUAGUGAUCCACCACUAGUUCAAGAUUUGCCUGGCCCAUCAAGUCAAAUUUUUAUUUCAUUGCCCAUGCAAGAAGGUCAUCAACAAUAUGUAGAAUUUGAUAAAAGGAAACUCAUUUGGAAAAAAGACAAAAGCAAUAUUUUGGACAAUGUUGGAGAUUUGCCAUUCAAAAGAUUGUCUCCUGUUGUUAGAGGCCCAGGAGUUCCACUUACAGAAGGUCCAAAAUUAAAGAAAUGA